CAAGUGUGCCUUUUGCCUUACUCGUCGUACCAACCUAUUCCACACUUUUUGGUUGAGACUGUAGUUGAGACAUCCAAGAAAGUAUUUGGUUUUUAUCAGUAAAGUAGCUGUUGAAUAUUCCAUGGUUUAGUAAGAGAAAAUAAAAAGAAAUACGUGGCGCUAACCGUGAAGAUUGAAAAUGUCAAAGACGAUAGUUUUCGUAACUGGAAAUGCGAAGAAGCUUGAAGAAGUGAUAGCAAUUUUAGGAAAGAAUUUUCCGAGAGACAUCACAAGCAGGAAGAUUGAUCUACCUGAAUAUCAAGGAGAAAUCGAUGACAUAUGCAAGGAUAAGUGCAGAGCUGCAGCGCGAAUAGUUAAUGGCCCAGUUGUGGUAGAAGAUACUUCUUUGUGUUUCAAUGCAAUGAACGGUCUCCCCGGGCCAUAUAUUAAGUGGUUUAUGGAAAAGUUGGGUGUUGAUGGUCUCCCCAAAAUGCUAGCUGCUUGGAAUGACAAAUCAGCUCAAGCAGUGUGUACUUUUGGAUACUGUGACGGUGAUCCCGAUGGCGAUGUUAGUAUUUUUAGAGGUAUUACUGAUGGGGUUAUAGUCAAUCCACGAGGGACGAGGGAGUUUGGGUGGGACGCAUGCUUCCAGCCAGUCGGAUACGACAAGACUUAUGCGGAAUUGCCCAAGGACAUUAAGAACCAGAUUUCACACCGCAGCAAAGCUUUAACAGAAAUGAAAAAUUAUUUUUGUAAUAAUUUAGUGUAAUAAAUUAUAUAUUACAUAAUGA